AUAAAAACCUUAUCAGUUCCAAUUUAAACUUAUAAUGCAAGUUAUAAUUUAUAAAUAUUGCAAAUAAAACUUCAAUUAAAAGUUUACAUUUUAUAAAUUUAAAAAUGAGUGACAUAAACAGCUUACCAGAAGACAUCAUUAUUGAAAUUUUUGGAAAUUUGAGUCCAAAAAUGAUUAAAACAUGCAGUUUAGUUUGCAAAAGCUGGAACGAAAUCAUAGCGAAUUCAUCAAACUUAAUGAAAAACUUUCAACUCAACUUAACCAACUCUGAUGUAAAUAUAUGGAUAGCUAAAGAAAUCAGGAGGAAUCAUCAAUCGAUAAUAGUUAAAGAUUUAGAACACGAUUCAUUGGAUGUUAUCAGCAGACACAACUUGAAAUCACUUAAUAUAUCUGACGCAGAAGAUAUAAAAAUAUCAAUACUGAUCAAAGCAUUAAGGAAUCUUCCUGCCUUAAGUGAUUUUGAUGCAAGAUAUGCACAAAUCAUUCACGACAUUCCAAUUGUUGCCCACUUAAAGAAGAUUCGAACAAAUCUUAAGAAACUCCAAUGUGGUCUUGAAAUCAUUCAUAUAUUUAAUUGUUCUUCACUUAGGAAAUUUGAAGUAGUAACCGAAGAGUCUCCAAACUCUAAUAGUAAAGAGCUGUUGAUUGAUUUUUUAUCAAAACAAAAGGAUUUAAAAGAACUAACGUUAUGUGAUGAAUUUGAUGGAGAUUUAUUUGAUUCGGAUAAGAUCUUUAAGUUCAAAUUUUCCUUAAUGAAGCUUACUUUAUGGAAAUAUACGCCUUUCAUUUAUUAUGACAUAUUUAUCAGAUUAUUGGAACUCCAGAAAAAUUCUCUGAUCAGCUUAGAAGUCAAUUUUAGUACAGAACCAAAAUCUGGGAUUGAAAUCAUUCUUAAAUUUGUUAUGGAACAUUUGGUAAAUUUGAAACAUCUUAAUUUUGGACAUAUUGAUGCUGAACUUGAAAAUAGCCCAUUUUCAUUUAGGGAUCUUAUUACUGAGAAGCAGGUUGCGAAUAACAUUGAAAGUUUAGUAUUUUAUACUCCAUAUGAUUUAGAUGAAGCCAAAAGAUUUUUUAAAAUGCUUCCAAAUCUUAAACGUUUGAAUUUUAGAGCUGUCCAUAGCAUAACAGUUCAGGAUGUUCAUCUUCUUCAGCAUAUAAGCUGCAUCACCAAAUUAGAGUCUUUAAGUAUCAUUUCAUUAAGACCUAAUGAUCUAAACUACAUGCAAUUUCCAAAUCUCAAAGAAAUUUCUGUAGAAUGUUGGGAUAAAGACUUCUUGCCUGCUUUUAUUACUCAACAAUUAAUUGAGUAUUGGAAUGAAAAAUAUUUAUGUUCUUUUAUUAAUCGCCAUUCAGGAACUUUAGAAAAGAUUAGUCUUCCAGAUGCUGAGAUUAUUACUGAAGUAGUUGCAAAAGAAAUAUUAAAUUGUAUAAAUUUUAAAAGUAUCCAGCUAUUUCAGCAAGAAAUAAGCUUACGUCCUAUGAUGCCGUUUCGUGGCAUUUCCUUAAAAAAUUCUGUAACAUUUACAAUUAAAACAGGAUUUGAGAAAAAAAUAUUCAUAUUUCCUGAUGAUAAAGCUCUUUGGAAUGAAGAAAUAAAAUCUUUGAGAUGAGGAAAAACAUGUUUUAAAAGCUUAAUAUUGAUUUAUUAAUAAAAUUAUAUAUGGUCAAAAG